ACUUUCUCUCUCUGCAGUACACACACUCUUCCCAGCCAGACUCAUUAACUGUGUUCCUUACAGUUCACGCUAAACGCCUGCUCUCUCUCUCUCUCUCUCUCUCUCUCUCUGUCAUACAAACAAUAGUAGAACUCUAUAUCAUCUUCAGUUUAUUCUCUCAUAACACCUUCUUCUUGUUCAUUCUCUCUCACUCAUUUUGCUCUGGGCACAACAUGGAGAAAUGGGUGUUGUUGGAGUGGAGAAGCAAGAAGGAGCUGUCUUUGUGUUUGUGUUUGAUAAUGGUGCUUCUGUUUUUUCUAUGUCCUACUGUUUCACCACUUGAUGACCAAGGCAAAGCCUUAAUGUCGAUAAAGGCCUCUUUGAGCAACGUAGCAAAUGUUUUGCUUGACUGGGAUGACUUGCACAACCAAGAUUACUGUUCCUGGCGAGGUGUCUUUUGCGACAAUUCCAGCUUCUCUGUGCUUUCUCUGAAUUUGUCUAAUUUGAACCUGGGUGGAGAGAUUUCACCAGCCAUUGGAGAUUUGAGAUAUCUUGUAUCCGUAGACUUUCAAGGGAAUAAGCUAACUGGUCAAAUCCCAGAUGAAAUUGGAAACUGUGGUUCUCUUGUGCAUCUGGAGCUGUCUGAUAAUUUGCUGUAUGGGGACAUCCCUUUUUCGAUAUCUAAGCUUAAGCAGCUUGAGUUUCUGAAUUUGAAGAACAAUCAGCUCACCGGUCCUAUUCCUUCAAUAUUAACUCAGAUACCUAACCUCAAGACACUUGAUCUUGCCCGGAAUCAGCUUACGGGGGACAUCCCAAGACUUCUAUAUUGGAAUGAAGUACUGCAAUAUCUUGGGUUACGUGGCAAUGCAUUGACUGGAACACUCUCGCCUGAUAUGUGUCAAUUAACUGGCCUGUGGUAUUUUGAUGUUAGAGGCAAUAAUUUAACCGGCACAAUCCCAGACAGCAUUGGGAACUGUACAAGCUUUGAAAUCCUGGACAUUUCCUACAAUCAAAUCACUGGUGAGAUUCCGUUCAAUAUUGGAUUCCUACAAGUGGCAACGUUGUCCCUGCAGGGAAAUAUGCUAACGGGGAGGAUUCCAGAGGUGAUUGGUUUAAUGCAGGCCCUGGCUGUCCUGGAUUUGAGUGAGAAUCAACUUGUUGGGCCCAUACCGCCAAUACUUGGCAACUUGUCAUACACUGGAAAACUAUAUCUCCAUGGCAACAAGCUUUCCGGGCCAAUUCCUCCAGAGCUUGGCAACAUGUCAAAGCUCAGCUACUUGCAAUUGAAUGAUAACAAACUAGUGGGGCAGAUUCCGGCUGAACUAGGAAAGCUGGAACAGUUGUUUGAAUUGAAUCUUGCCAACAAUGAGCUAGAAGGACCCAUUCCAUCCAACAUCAGCUCUUGCACAGCAUUGAAUCAAUUCAAUGUACAUGGUAAUCGCUUAAAUGGAUCGAUCCCAUUGGGUUUCCGCAAUCUAGAGAGUUUGACCUAUCUAAAUAUAUCAGAAAACAAUUUCAAAGGCUGGGUUCCUGUUGAGCUGGGGCAUAUUAUUAAUCUCGAUACACUGGAUCUCUCAGGAAAUAAUUUCUCUGGUCCAAUUCCAGCUUCUGUUGGUGAUCUUGAGCAUCUUCUCACCCUGAAUUUAAGUGGCAAUUGUCUUGACGGGCCUAUACCAGCAGAAUUUGUGAACCUCAGAAGCAUACAAAUUAUUGAUAUGUCAUUCAAUAACCUUUCUGGUAGCAUUCCGCCAGAGUUUGGGCAGUUGCAAAAUAUUGUCACUCUGAUUCUGAACAACAACAACUUGUGUGGAGAAAUUCCUGAUCAACUAACAAAUUGUUUCAGCCUAGCCACUUUGAAUGUCUCUUACAACAACUUAUCAGGCAUUGUACCUCCCAUGCGGAACUUCUCACGGUUUUCAGCAGACAGCUUCAUUGGUAAUCCUUUAUUGUGUGGCAACUGGUUGGGAUCAAUAUGUGGACCUUACAUGCCAAAAUCUAGAGCACUUUUCUCUAGAGCUGCUGUUAUUUGUCUGACUCUGGGCCUCAUCGCAUUAUUGUCUAUGGUAAUAGUUGCUAUUUACAAAUCCAACCAACCAAAGCAUUUGACAAAGGGUUCUACUGGAACAGGGCAAGGUCCCCCUAAAAUGGUAAUUCUUCGCAUGGAUAUGGCUAUUCACACCUUUGAUGAUAUAAUGAGAAUCACUGAGAAUUUAAGUGAGAAGUAUAUCAUAGGCUAUGGUGCUUCUAGCACAGUAUACAAGUGUGUUUUGAAGAAUUCCCGACCCAUUGCAAUUAAGCGAAUUUACAACCGGUAUCCUAACAACGUACGAGAAUUUGAGACUGAGCUUGAAACCAUUGGUAGCAUCAGACAUAGGAACGUGGUCAGCUUGCAUGGUUAUGCACUGUCUCCCUAUGGGAACCUCCUCUUCUAUGACUACAUGGUGAACGGUUCUCUGUGGGAUAUGCUUCAUGGAUCAUCAAAGAAGGUAAAACUUGAUUGGGAGACACGAUUGAGAAUAGCAGUUGGGGCUGCUCAGGGACUUUCCUAUCUUCAUCAUGACUGCAACCCCCGUAUUAUACACAGGGAUGUCAAGUCCUCAAAUAUCCUGCUGGAUGAGAAUUUUGAGCCUCGUCUCUCUGAUUUUGGGAUUGCCAAAUGCAUCUCUACCACCAAAACUCAUGCAUCUACUUUUGUUCUUGGAACUAUAGGCUACAUUGACCCAGAGUAUGCCCGAACUUCCCGGCUUAAUGAGAAAUCGGAUGUUUAUAGCUUUGGUGUUGUUCUUCUGGAGCUACUGACUGGGAAGAAGGCAGUGGACAAUGAGUCAAACUUGCAUCAACUGAUAUUGUCAAAGGCAGAUAAUAACACAGUAAUGGAGGCUGUUGACCCCGAGGUUUCUGUAACAUGCAUGGAUUUAUCCCAUGUCAGGAAGACCUUCCAACUUGCUCUCCUGUGCACGAAGCGUAACCCAUCUGAGAGGCCAACCAUGCAUGAGGUUGCAAGGGUCUUGGUCUCCCUGCUUCCAGCGCCUCCCAGAAAAGCCUGUCUUGAUCCACCGAAGACCAUUGACUAUGCUCAAUUUGUGAUUGACAAAGGACAGCAACAAUCAAACAUGCAGCAGCAGCAAGUUCAGCACAACAAUUCAUCUGAUGCUCAGUGGCUUGUUCAGUUUGGUGAAGUUAUAUCCAAGGACUCCCUUUGAAGGAAGUUUACAUUUCAGUCUUUUUGGCAUCCAUUAUAACAGAAACAGAAAGAACAAAAAAGAAGAAGGAUGGAACAUGGGGAAAUCCCAAGUUUUGAUUUUGAUGGGCAUAGUUCUCUUCCAACUAGAUUAUUAUGCCCAUCUGACUAGGUUCCACAACAUUUUACUAACUAUUUUAAUGUAUUAAGUUCUAUAUACAACAGACCAGUCUAAGUUUUGAACAGCUAAAUCUCCAGCCUUUUUGUACAAUCAUAGCACUGACUAUCUGUAGGUACACUUAUUUUGUUUAAAGUACCAGGUGCCAGCUAGUCUAUGUUCUAGUGUAAUUAAUAUAUGCAGUUAUAACCCUUUAUUAAA